CAUUACAGUGUUCGGCGAAGGUUUGGCGCUAUUGGCUUCUGCCUACUGUACGUCCCCAUACAUGGAUCACCUGAAUUGUAAUUAGGGGGACGCUCACGCUUGCCUGGACCAUGAGCAAUGAGUCUACCGUCUGGAACAACGUCACCGAGAACUCCACCGGGGUCCCAUUUGAGCCUGGUAAACAACAGAAUGGUUACGUCCUACUGCUGGUGCUCCUGUCCAUCUUCCUAGGGGGGACACUGGUCCUGCUGUCUGUCAUCCUGAUUGUUUCCAGACGCUGCUGUCAUGGAGACCGCCGCUAUAACAGUGCCAGCGACGAACCUGAGAAAACCAACACGACCUACACUGAGGUGUCUCAACCAGUCCAUGCAGAGAUCACCAUCCGGGUCGACGAGUCAGACUGCCUGUCGGCCGCCAGCUCCCACAUGGACAUGGAGACGGAGCGCUUCCUGUCCACGGGCACCCAGGGCGGCCGCCGGGUCUCCUUCAACGAGGCGGCGCUCUUCAACCACGGCAGGAAGGCCCUGGAUAAAGGCCGCAGGUACACGUUGACUGAGGGUGACUUCCACCACCUGAAGAAUGCGCGACUCACACACCUCCACAUCCCGCCCUUGGCCCUCAAGAUCGUCACCAUCCACGAGUGUGAGACAUCAGAGAACAGCAUGGCCAUGACGACUCGCCCCGCCGCCAAGUCCAGCCUUUCCAUCUUCCAGCCGGCACUGUGUGCCCUGCGGCCCCUGCGGCCCCUAUGUCCCCUACCCCAGACAGCGUUGACCAGUCUGAGUGUCAGCCCCAGCUCAGCCCUCCCUGGGGACACCCUCAACUCGGUGGUGGACUCCAGCUUCAGUGAGAGUUCCCUGGUCCCGGGACCCAAGAAGCCCAGCAGCAGCAGCAGCAGCAUUGAGGUGAUGGUUUCUUGCUCCAGGAAUGGGGGCAGUCCGUCUUUGAGUGAGGGGGCGUCGGUGACGUCUGUGGCGGGUGCGUCCCCUAGCGCGGGAGUGGGGCAGGGCCCGGUCCUGCAGUUCUUCACCAAGCUGAGGCGCCAUGCCAGCCUAGAGGGUGCCAGCCCAUACUUCAAGAUCAAGAAGUGGAAGCUGGACAGCAGCCAGCGGGCUUCUAGUCUGGACACGAGAGGGUCCCCUAAGAGGAGGCAGUUCCAGCGGCAGCGCGCCGCCAGCGAGAGCAUGGACCAGGAGGAUAACGACGCCCACCACAUGGACCUCAUCCAGUACAUCGCCCGCACCCAGGACGUCACCUACCACCCCAGCCCCUCCGCCCGCUUCCUCUCCCCCUCCUCUUCCUCCAAGCCACCACCCUCCCUCGGCAGGUUAGAGGUGGAGGUGGUGGUGGAACCCAGCUGCAGCAGGGGCCAGAGGCUGGAGGUGAUCGGCUUGUCCCCGGAGCCCCAGGACGAGGCAGCGAGCCUGGGGGACUGUAGACAGCAGAGCUUGGCCUCAGACCACCAGGCCUUGUACAGAGACAUCUGGACGCUCCGGGCCUCUCUAGAGCAGUACGGCUCCUCAGACCAGAUCAACAACGACAGGGACUCCUUUCGCAGCGACGCCGACAGUGUCAUCUCCCUGGGGGGCCGGACCGAGAGGGGGGAGCUGCCCAGUAACCCCUCCCAGGACAUCGGGGAUGAACCCGAAGGGGAUGUAGAGCUGCCCGUGGAUGAUGGGAUGGGAGAGGAGAAGGAAGAGAAGAAGAAAGGGGGGAAGCAGGACAGUGUGGAGUCAGAGAGGGUCAGUGACGGGGAGUCAGGGAACCGUAAGCUCAUGCAGAUGGACAGUGGCUAUACGUCUAUAGAGGCUCCAUCACGGGCGCCAGAGGAGCUGAGACUGUUUGGCAGUAGUGGCAGUAUAGACAGAACGGCCCUGGAGAAGAGACACUACUUCACCAGUGCAGGGCACACUGGCACAGUGGGCGAGAGCUUCGAGGCCCGCAUCUUCGAGGAAGAGCCAGGCGAGGAGAUGCUGGUGGGGGCGACGGGCGGCAUUGCAAUAGAAACGUCCAGGUCUCCCCUGGGCUGGUCUCCGUAUGGGCAGAUGUUCACUCCACGAGAGGCGCAGCCGCACUCCCACCCACCCUUAUCAUUACACCGCCGCGACUACAGCAUCGACAAGAAAACUGACGCGCUCUUCCAUGAGUUCCUCCGCCACGACCCCCAGUUCGACCAGCAGGAGUCACCGAGGAAACAUCGCUCGCGCAUCCACCUCCGCAAACAGUGGCAGCGCAACAAGCAGUACAGUGACCCGGGCGUUCGCUACCAGUACCACUCCUUUGAGAGGCAGCGGACCCCCUUGCGACGAGGUGAUAGCGUCAACUACCCUCUGGACACGGGCUUCCACAGCACACUGCCACGCAUCGUCAGUGCGCCUGAUGAAGAGGCCAGCGAGGGGGCCCCCAGUACCCCCCAGACGCCAAAGGCCGAGGCGGUGGUGGCGGGAGGAGCAAGAGAGGUGGAGGAAGGAGACAGGAGGAGGGCGAGUCCCAGCAGUAGCUGUGGCAGCAGCACCGUGACCAUUAGAGACCUGGAAGGGAGGGCAUCCUGUUCCCCUCCCACUGUUCCGGAUAGAGAGGGCCUGCUAGGGGAGCAGCCCGACCCCCAGGAAGACACUAGGCAGGCGGUACACCCCCCUGAGGCCCCUUACGAGCCCCGCCAGCCUCCUGACACGGGCAACGGCCGACAGACCAUCACAGCCGAGCUGACGGACAAGCUGAGCGCCACUCUGGAUGAGCGGCUGUACACAGGCCUGCGACGGACCAAGGACACAGCGGCGGUGACAGAGUGUGUGGUGAAGGUCGUUCACGCCUCCCCCGACCACAGCCCAGUGUAGCAUGUCUCCAGUCCUCCUCCACUCCUCCCUGAUCUUUUGUGUUUCAUUUGAUUUCAUUCUAUGCCGGGUAACUACAAUUUCUCCGUCUGUCUGAAUUAGCUGGUCCCAGACCAGUAACAAGAAAACAGGCUACACUAUACAGUAUCAUGUAGGCUAUAUGAAGAAUACACCCCUAGAUAGUAUUUACAGUACCAUAGUGUCUCUUACUGCUGUGAUUCCUUUCUCCUCUUAGAGAAGUGAUGACGUAAAGAGCCAGUAUGCCGUCUGCACUAGUCUAUCCACUGUGAAACUAGGUGCUAUUAGACUUGAAGUCAUCUCAAGAUCUGGAUACAAAGUUUAUCUGGGCGUAAUAGGCCAGUCUUGACUGAUAGGCCAGCCAAGACUGUUUAAUUGUAAUGUGAUGUAAUUUCAUCAGAAUCUAUGGUACUAGGAACAAAAACAGAUCAGACCAUGAAUUUGAAAAUGCAUUUUCUUUCUUCUCAUAAACACUCAUUAAAUGGGUAUGAAGAUGCUGUCCUAAUUUGGACACCAAAUAAAUUCCAGUAUCCAUAUUAGGACCGCCUCGUCAUAUCCACACUGGAUCAGAGCAUAUUCUUCAUCAAGUAUCCUUGUUGCUUAAAGUCUGGCCUCAUGUUUCUAUAAAAAAAAUCUUACUGCUUUCCAGAAAAGUGAUGGUUGUUAGAACAUGUUAUUCAAUGCCUUUGUAUUUGUUGACACAUUUCAUUUACAUGUCUAUGCUUGUUUUAAAUGUCACUCUGGUUGUGACUGUAAUAUCUGGCAUACUGGAGGCCAGGGUGAGAGCAACUUAAAUGGCAGGUUUUUACCUAAUUUCUGUGCCAAAAAUACCUUGUUAGCUAAUGGAGGGAUCUCAAGUGUUACUGAACCAGGGGUUGGAACCAAAACAUUUUCCCAAUCGUUUAGUUUUGAACAGAACCUCUAAUUUUUCAUUUUGUUCCACUGUUCCGACCAGCAAGAGUUUAGAACCCCCCAAAAAGUCCUGGUUUAUAUUGUUCCUUUUUUAACCUGUCAAAUCAUUUAUUUAAUUUCUUUACAUUUAGCUCAUUUAGUUGUUUACAUGUGUGAUGGACAGGCAAGUGUAGCCUAUGAUGCAACAGAAAUGUUGCAYGUGGAGAGAGCGAGCGAGGGUUGAAGUGCUGGGCAUCUUGUUAUGACAUGCAUUAUCUGAAUUAGGU